AUGCCACCGGAUCGAGGCCGCGCCUCUCGAGCAUGCGCCUCCUGCAGAAAGCAAAAGACUCGCUGCUAUGAGCCUGGAACACCGGGCAAAGCCUGUCUUCGAUGUGAACGCCUUCACCAGAGAUGCUCGCUGGUACAAACUGAGGAUGUGGCUCCUGAAGAGGAUCCGGUGCCUUCUGCUUCGGGUACGGAUGCUCGCUUGGAGCGUCUUGAAAGAACUGUGGCAAAUCUCCUUGACAGAUUGGGAGAGGCGCCGAACAGAGCCGAACAUGACUCAAGCAGACUUGAGAGCGCACUGACGACCCCGGAUCCCGGCGAGCAAAGGUUACAUGAGAGAGAAUCUUCCGCGGCUCCGAUCAUGGUUAUCCGCGAUUUAGCUACGGACUAUGGUCCAAGGCCAGCUCCAGAUAUGAGAACUUUGGAGAAAGUCCUGGAUGAUCUCAUUGCGCCUGAUUUGGCAUUGAGCCUCGUCACAAUAUUUCUUAAGUAUUACGGUCGUUGGAUUACAUUCGACCCAGAAAGCGACCCUACUGUUCUCUUGUCCAAGGUACGAGGAUCACCUUUAUUAUUCUGCGCAUCCUGCUUGAUCGCAGUUCGGCAUACUUCAACGGAGCUAGCGGCAAGUCUUGCUCCGAAGCUGUAUGAAUGUGCUCAACCCUUGGUCUCGAGUGCACUCAUAGCAGCGCCACAGCCUAUCGAAUUCUUCCAAGCGACUCUUAUUCUUUGUAUGUGGUCAACAACCGUAGGACAGGUGCCUUUGAGUAUUGACAGCUGGCUGCUGAGUGGCUUUGCUUUGCAGCAUUGUCAAUCAAGUCCCUUGUUCAAUGUGAUUUCAUCCCAAUCUCAGCAACCUAUGAAAAUGGAUGGGACAAUACUGCAUCGAUACUGCUUGUGGAAUCACUUGUGUUUAGCGCAUCUGCACUAUUGUGUUGGGACUAGUCGCAGGUCCAUGUUGCAGGCCUGGCAGAUUGAGCGCUGUCGGGUUAUUCUGACUUCCGAUCAUGCGAUCAACUUUGAGAUUCGCAUGGUGGUGGAGAUUUAUCUCUAUUGGAAUGUUUACGAACAUCUGAUUGAGGAUUCUGUUGACCUUUUCAAGUCAGUAGCGGCUUUGCAAACGUGGGAAGGAAAAAUGGGAUUUCUAUUGAUGGGAUUCCAUUUCUCGAACUUGCUCUUUUAUGAGCAUGCCUUGAAGUCAAGGACUGCUCGAGCCCGCGAGUCUGUCGUGUCAGAAAUGAUUCGCCAUUCUACUGCUAUUGUCCAUCUCGCCAUGGAUACUGUGGAUGAGCGCACACGCCACUUAAGUGACCAUGUUUACCACAUGAUUACUUUUGCAGCGAUCAUUAUCUGCCGCUUACUCAAUAGCUACGAGGAAGAGCUCAGUGUUAAUUUUAACAUUGGUGGUCUCGAUGGUUUGAUUCAAGACCUUGUCCAGUGGCUUCAUUCUAUUGGCCUGCCUUGCCAUGCCGCACACACACUAGGGAAUAUCAUCGCAAAGGUCCACCAAAUGCUACGUCCUCGUGUAGAACAGAUCCCGUUAAUUGCGCCUAUCUAUGUCAUGCCGGAGGAAAGCUUUUCUAACUAUUACUUCCCCGAAUUCCUGGGACUGGGAGCAUCUGCUGAUGGACAUUGGGACUUGCUCUCGGAUCAGAGCUUCUUCCCGCAAAGUUCUGCCACUUCAUGA